UUGAGUUACUUGUUCUUGGAAUUGUUGCAUGUCGCAGGUAACUUUUUCAGCUGUUAAAAUUUGACUGUUUAGUUCAUUGAACUUCCAGCUUCCUGUUUUUGACAUUUUGCCAAGAAGCUGACAGCGGCAUUCAACAAACAAGAAUAUGGGGAUUGGAAAAAAUAUCUCACCAAGGAAGAAAUUGAUUAUCAUUGGGCUGCUUGCAGUCUGCAUUGUGACCAUUAUCCUUGGACUGGGACUGGGCCUCGGACUGGAUAACUGUGAUAAAAAAGACCUCCCCAUUUCCUGUAGGCAGCGCUGUUACGAGCCAUACGACAACGAGUACACUGGGUGCCGCUGUGACGUACUGUGUGUCCAUAGCAACAGCUGCUGCUAUGACUUCCAGGACACCUGCCUCCAGCCAACUGAGCAGUGGGAGUGCACUAAACUGCGAUGUGGAGAGAAGAGGUUGUCAAACAGUAAGUGUCACUGCUCGGACGACUGCUUGGGUUCUGGGGACUGCUGCACCAACUUCAAAAGUGUUUGCCAAGGUGAAACUCAGUGGGUAGAUGACACCUGUGAUGAAAUAGCAGCUCCUAAAUGCCCAGCAGGUUUUUCAAGGCAACCACUGCUCCUCAUAUCAUUGGAUGGGUUUCGUGCAGAGUAUCUCUCAACCUGGAGUCAGCUCAUCCCCGUACUUGACAAACUAAAAAACUGUGGCACUCAUGCUCCUUAUAUGCAAGCUGUGUUCCCCAGCCUCACCUUCCCCAACCAUUACACCAUUGCCACGGGACUGUUUUCCGAAUCUCAUGGGCUCGUGGACAACAGCAUGUAUGACCCUGUAUUCAAUGCAUCAUUCAGUCUGUCAAACAGUGAGAAGUCCAACCCCCGCUGGUACCAGGGUCAGCCUAUCUGGCUCACGGCAAUGUACCAGGGACUGAAAUCCGGGACCUUCUUCUGGCCUGGUUCUGAUGUCAAAGUCAAUGGGAGCUUUCCAGACAUAUAUAUGGAUUACAACGGGAAAACACCAUUUGAAGAGAGAGUAUUCACUGUUCUGAGGUGGCUCAGAUUGCCAGACAAAGAGAGGCCAGACUUCUUCACUUUGUACUUGGAGGAGCCAGAUAAAUCUGGACAUAAUGAUGGGCCGGUCAGUGGUAGGGUUAUCUUGGCCAUCCAGGAAGUGGACAGGAUCAUUGGUCAGCUGAUGAAUGGAUUGAAACAGAUGGGCCUUCACCAGUGCAUCAACAUUAUCAUUGUUGCUGAUCAUGGAAUGGAGGACACCAGCUGCGACAGGGUGGAGUAUCUCCAGAACAUGAUUGGUGACGUCAGAGACCUGUAUGUGUAUCAGGGGGCAUUUGGAAGAAUCCGGUCGAUUGAUACGCAUCUUCAGUUGGAUUCAGCCAGCCUUGUGGCCAACAUGACCUGCACUAAACCAGAUCAGCAAAUUAAGCCCUACCUUAAACCUCACCUGCCCAAAAGGUUCCACUACGCUGCGAACAGACGUAUAGAAGAUGUCAACGUUUUGGUCAAUGCAAAAUGGCUGUUUGCAAGGUACAAAGGCUCACUUUCAUACUGUGCUGGUGGUACCCAUGGUUACGACAAUGACAUUGAAAGUAUGCAGGCCAUGUUUUUAAGCUUUGGGCCCAAGUUUCUGUAUAAAACACAGGUUGAUCCAUUCUCAAACAUAGAGCUCUACAAUCUCAUGUGCGAUGUUCUGGAGAUCACUCCAGCCCCAAACAAUGGUAGCCAUGGCAGCCUGAACCACCUCCUAAGGAGGCCCUGGCACAUGCCCUCCUUCCCUGUGGAGAAGACGCCCCCUGGGCACUGCCCGCUUAUAACCCUUGUCCUCGUGGACCAGCUGGGUUGCUCCUGCCCUGACCAGAUUGAAUCCACUCUCAAUAACAGGCUGAAUUUGACAAGCAGUGAAGUGUUGACAUCUGAGAAAAAGCACAUGCUGUUUGGACGACCCAGAAUGUUACGCCCUGGUGAAAACUACUGUCUGCUGUAUCAGCAUGGCUUCAUCAGUGCCUACAGCAAGAGCUCCCUGAUGCCUGCAUGGAAUUCAUACACUGUGGAUAAACCUGACAGCCUGACCCCCCUGCCCGAGGUCAUCCCGACCUGCUUGCGGGCCGAUGUCCGUAUCCCGGGCGACAGCAGCCCCCGUUGUGACCAGUAUGCCCAGGCAGGGAACCUCACUCGUGCCUUCCUCUACCCACCCAAUCUCAACAUAACUGCCAUCGAACAGUACGACGGACUGCUGAUCAGCAAUGUUGUUCCCAUGUACCCGCAGUUCAAGAGAAUCUGGGACUACUUCCACACUGUGCUCUUGAUGAAGUAUGCCUGGCAGUACAAUGGUAUCAACGUGGUGUCAGGCCCUGUUUUUGAUUACAACUAUGAUGGAAACUUUGACAGCCCAGAUCAGAUUGAACAGUUUGUUGCUGGUACACGUAUUCCAGUCCCUACACAUUAUUUUGUGGUGCUCAGCAGCUGUAAGAACACAUCCAUUCCAGUAGGGGGCUGCAAAGAGGAGAUGCAGACAGUCUCCUUCCUGCUGCCACACAGACCAACCAACUCAGAGGUUUGCAAUAGUCAAGAGGCAGAGUCGCAGUGGGUGGAAGACCUGGUGUGGUUCCACCAGUGCAGAGUAAGAGAUGUGGAGCUGCUCACAGGCUUGGAUUUCUACCAGGAUAGCAACCGGACGAUCUCAGAGCUCCUCCAGCUCAAGGCCAGGCCCACUGCUGCCAUCCACAGGAAGAACUGAGUAGUGCGAAGAGGGGAUCAUGGGUCAUGACCAGCUGAAAUGGUCAAAUCCAUUUCAAAAGUCAAUUCAGGAAUCGUUUGGAAAUACAGUUCAUAAAAUGAAAAAUGCUGAUUGAUCACAUUUCUUCUCAUAGAUUGAACUGAAAACUGAAUUGACCCAAACUCACACAGCCAAAUGGACAGAUCCUAUAAUAUGAUUUUGCAAGAACAGGUUUUUCUGUACUUUUGACAUGACCUCAACUGCCAAUAUCAAGAGGGUGAUUCUUCCUUCUUGAGAGACCUCAUUUAACUGAGCUGCAGAAGCUCAAUAAACUGUUUACACUCCAAGGUUCUUACUAUGAGCUUGAUUGUUUUAUUAAUAGAUCAUUGACUACCUAAUCAGACAUUGCCUUCAAAUAUACACUUGUCAUAGCUUUUAGUCCAUAUCCACCUGCCCAUUUGUGCCAUGCAGUCGUAAAAACAACUUUGCACAGCAUUUCUUGAUCAUGUCUAUGCUCUAGGUGUUUGUUAAACACUUAUAGCCUAGUCCUCCUGGAAUACACAUCCAGUGAUCUCACCACAUCAGAGGUAGAGAAUUCCAUCAGCUUCAGUCUUUGCUCAUGCAUUAUCAGGACUGCAUUAAGUUAUCAUUGUGGCAUCAUAUGGUAAUGUCUAGUGUAUUGUGAGCAUCCUAGCAUCCAGUUUUUGACCAUUGACCCCCCGAUAUGUUGACAAAAGCUCUCAAUGGAGCGCAAAAACUGAGUAUUUAUACAAAGAAAAAAAAAUUGAGAACAGUAAACAGUAAAUUUAAACUUUAUUUUAA